AUGCUUGGCCUCCAACGGGGAAACUCCCCCGCCUCGCCUUUAGGCUAUAUUUGUGAUUUACUUUCGUCUUUCAGAACCCAGAAAGAUAACCACGGAGGUACUAGGCACUGCCACAAAAUGCUUUCAUUAGCGCCCUCAUUUUACUCCUGGAGGUCUAAACAAGACCCUAAUAAUUCGGCCCACGGAUCCCCAGCCCCAAACAGCUUCUGUGGCUAUGAGGAGCCUGGGCCCACUCUCUGGGUUCACCGAGAACCCUCCGACUUGGGGCCCGGUUGGCUACAGGAAAGGGACUGGGUGGUGAAGAUUCUCCAAGCUGGAUACUCAAAGCAAAUCAAAUAG